AUGGCUGGUGAUUUCUAUGGUCGAACACCACUUCAUUUAGCUGUUCUUUCUGAUCAAGAAAAUUAUGGUUAUCGAGUAGCACGUCUUCUUCUUCAAGGUAAGGCUGAUAUAAAUGUAACUGAUAUUCAACAACGAACACCACUUGUUUAUGCAUGUUUACUUAAUCGUUCAAAACUUGUAAUACUUUUUCUACAAACCAAAUCUAUUGACUGGAAUAUUAUUGAUCAUGAAGGUUAUUCAAUUUUACAUCAUGCAGCAUCAUCAUCAUACACAUCAAUACUUGCCGAUAUUAUUCAUGAAAUGAAAUCAAUUGGACUUUCAAUUGACUGUAAAACUGAAUUAAAUUAUACACCAUUAAUAUUAGCUAUAAAAUUCUUUCGAUUUGAUAAUGCUAUUUAUUUACUUGAUCAUACCGAUGUAUCACCAUUUGUGAUUGAUGAUGAGUAUCAUUUUACAUGUCAACAAUGGGCACAACAUGUUGGGCCAAAAUUAAAUGAAAGAACGUAUUGUUAUCCAAGACAACAUUCAACAUUAAAAAGAAAUAAAAGUCUAGAUAAAAAUAUUCCAAAUUAUAAGUUUUUUCAUGGAGUUGAAUCACCUUAUCAAUGUAAAAUGCUUCUAUGUAAUCAUCAUCAUAUGAAAUCAUUAGAAGAAAGUACCUUUACACCAUCUAUUCUUUCACCACGUACUAUAGAUCGAAAAUCAUUGACAUCAUCUUCUCAUUUUCAUACUGAAAAAGUUAAUCUCAAACCAUCUUAUCAAAUGUGGAUGCAACUUGUACAACGAUUACAUGAUCGAACGUCAUCAUUUAAACCUGUCAUGGAUGGUGAUAGUCAUUCUAUGUCAGAAAAACGAUUACGACGAGAAAAAUCAUGGGCUGGUCAUGAUACAAUAUCACCAUGGCAUAAUGAUAAACUUAAUUCAAAUAAACAAGUUCUAACAUUAAUUAAUCAUUAUUCAAAAAUGUUAACGACUGAUAAUAAUGAACGAUUAACAUCAACUUUUAAUAGUAGACCAAAAAGUAUUUUACGUCCAAAAGGAAUUACCAAUCAAUAUCGAUUUACUAAGGAAGUUACAUUUGCUACUAAUUAA